AUGCGCCGAACAAGGAUUACUGAUGAAGAGUCAAGAACCAAUGAAAGUCCACGGAAGUCCAAAAAUCGAAGAGCAAACAAUCAUCCUAGCGAUGGUGCUGAAUUUGCAAGGGAAUUUGGACAUAAAGCUGUUCCAGGAGUGGCGCCAGCAGGGGAGCAGGAGCAUGAUGCCGCAAGCCAAAUGCAGACGUUGUACUUGAGGGCUCGUGAGGAUGCUCAGGCCAGGGUUCAUGCCAGAAUUAGACGGACUACUCAACCUACGGCGGGUGGAAAGUAUUUUCACUUUUUUUCCAAAUAUAUUUUUCUCGAUUUUACUCCCCCGAAUUUGCCCCUAACUUGCCACUUUGGCCUUGGAGCUUUUCGUGGAAGAUAUGUAUUUCACUUGGCGGUCCGCUCGUCGACGGGAACAGGCCUAAAGGUUUCACUUGACGAUCCGCUCGUCGAUGGAACAGGCCUAAGGAAUAGAAAUAGAGACUUUUAA